ACACAUUGAUUUGAUUUCACAGUAAUCUUGUCUAGUUAUCUCAUAGUUUUCUCUCUCUAUAUUUAACUCUUAAGAGAUAGUAGUAGUAGGAGCUUAAUUUGUUAGCAAUGGCAAGUGGUGUUGAUGAUGAGCAAGUGAGAAACAAGCAAGUGAUCCUAAAGAACUACGUGUCUGGUUUCCCUAAAGAAUCAGACAUGUGCGUGAGUACCAAUGGUACCAUAAGAUUGAAGGUCCCAGAAGGUUCAAAUGGGGUUGUGGUGAAGAAUCUCUACCUGUCAUGUGAUCCCUACAUCCGGAACCUUAUGAAGAAGCCCAUUACAGAAAAUGAUGACAUGGAAUCCAUUGACAACUUGAAGCCCGGUUUGCCCAUUAUUGGAUUUGGCGUGGCUAAAGUUUUGGAUUCUGGGCAUCCAAGUUUCAAGAAAGGCGACUUAGUUUGGGGAAAUACUAAAUGGGAAGAAUAUAGUUUGAUUACAAAUUCUCAAUUCUUAUUUAAAAUCCAACACACUAACGUGCCUCUCUCCUAUUAUACUGGCAUUCUUGGUAUGCCUGGUUUAACUGCAUAUGUUGGGUUUUAUGAGGUAUGCUCUCCUAAAAGAGGAGAAAAUGUCUUCAUUUCUGCAGGCUCUGGGGCAGUUGGUCAGCAUGUUGGGCAGUUUGCAAAGCUGUUAGGUUGCUAUGUUGUUGGAAGUGCUGGAAGCAAAGAAAAGGUUGAUUUGCUGAAGAAUAAAUUCAAGUUUGACGAGGCUUUCAACUAUAAAGAAGAGUCUGACUUGGAUGCCACUUUAAAGAGGUACUUUCCGGAAGGAAUUGACAUUUACUUUGAGAAUGUUGGGGGAAAGAUGCUUGAUGCAGUGCUACUCAACAUGAGAGCCCAUGGUCGCAUUGCUGGUUGUGGCAUGAUCUCACAGUACAACCUUGACAAGCCUGAAGGAGUGCACAAUUUAAUGCAUCUGAUAUACAAACGGGUUCGAAUAGAAGGAUUUGUUGUUACUUAUUACUUUCACCUCUACCCAAAGUUUCUGGAGUUUAUUCUGCCUCACAUUGCUGAAGGGAAGAUUGUGUAUGUGGAAGACAUAGCUGAAGGCCUCGAGAGUGGCCCAUCAGCACUUAUUGGGCUAUUUUCUGGCCUCAAUGUUGGUAAACAGGUAGUUUUCGUUGCUCGGGAAUGAUUCACUUCAUGACAAAAAGCUACAGGUCCCUUGGAUUCUACUGCAAAUAAACCUUGUACUUAUAUACCUUUUAAGAAGUGUUCAUCAGGAAGUGUGUUUCCUAAAUAGAUGUUUUGUUCUUGAGGCCAAGGAUUUCUUUUCCUAAAAUAGAUGUUUGUUAUUGUGUUUCUUAAAUAUAUUCUUUGUCAUUGAGGUCACAAACUAGCAGAUGCUAUUGAUCUUGCAAGCACAAAUACAGUCAUGUGGAUUGUGUUUUGAUUUAAAUGAUCUAGGAUUUUGAUGAAAUUUAUACUUGUUAUCUAUACACUAUAUAAAGGGCCUAGGAUUUCA